AUGAAGAAUUACGAAAAUAAAGAUGUUUCAGUUAACCAAGGAACAUGGAAAGUGGAGGGUCUAGUAAAUAUGAUCCAAAACUUGGUUAAUCAAAUUGUUAUUGCAUUAAAUAACAAAACAAAAUCAAAGCAAGACAAUAUUGAACCCACGCCGUUAAGACAUCAUGUAUCAUUGUUACAAGUAGAAAAUGUUUCGUUUAAAUAUCCAAAAUCAAAACAAUUUAUAUUGAAAAAUGUCACCUUGAACAUUACCGAAACUUCAAAAUUAGGAUUCGUGGGAUCGAAUGGAGAUGGUAAAUCCACAUUGAUGAAUCUAUUCACCGAUAAUUUACAACCAACAAAAGGAAUGAUAAAUCGACAUUCCGAAUUAAAAAUUGGUUAUUUUGCACAACAUCAUGUCGACUCGCUCGAUUUAGAAAUAUCAGCUGACACCCACCUUCGAGAGAAAUACAAUAUAUCAGAAAGUGAAUCAAGGUCGUACUUGGGUAAAUUUGGCAUAAGUGGUGAUUUAGCAAUCAGGCCAAUGAGAUCUUUAUCGGGAGGACAAAAAUCCAGGGUAGCAUUUUCAUCACAAGUUUAUAAUUCGCCAAAUUUAUUAAUAUUGGACGAAAUUACCAAUCAUUUAGACAUGUUGACGGUUGAGACUUUGGUAAAGGUGAUUGGAGAUUUUAAAGGAGCUAUUUUAUUCUUAGAACUACUCUUGUUAUUUUAUGAUUCAAUAAAUGCUUGA